AUGAAAACAGAUGGUGGUGCAAUCACAGUCUUCCAGUUGAUGAUACCUUUCUUGCUUGUUGCGAUAAGUGUUGUUGCGGGUCAGAAAGAAACAGUGCUUGAUUCUAGGGGAAACCCAGAAAAGGCCAAUGCUCGGUAUUACUCAUUGCCCACAAAGAGUAAUGUCGUACGUGUAUCCACAGAGCUUAACAUCCGGUUUUCACGGCCCAGUCUUUGCCCUGGGUCCAGGUAUUGGAGAGUCGAAGAUAGCUCAAAAGCUGUAGUCCUUAACGGAUCCAAGUCAAGCAAUGACAGCACCUUCACCAUCCAGAAAUUUGGAAAAUCUUACAAGUUAGCUUUUGGAAGUGCUGACAAACCAACGGAUGUUGGUUUAGAAAGGAUACGAAUUGAAGAUUAUAGGUUGAUAUUGUCCAACAACUCUGGCUUUGCCGUUGCUUUCGCCCGGGCACUGUUUUAA